AUGCCACCCAAGAAGAAGCAAGCAGCUCGCAAAGAGCUGACGUUGGAGGAGCUGCAGCGACUCGGUCUCUCGCCCGAGGACGCCGCCCGCCUUCUCGCGGAGCGCAACCGACCGGCGGAGGAGCGGCGGGAGGCGGACGCGGGGGCGGCGGAGGCCCGUCGACGGGAGGCGGAGCAGCGGCAGCGGCAGCGGCGGGUGCGGGAGUUGGAGCGGCUGCGGGAGGAGUUGGAGCGGGAGGAGGGGCCCCCGCGGGUGGCGAUCCGCGAGACGGAGGCCGGCGAGUGGGAGGAACUCCUGGCGGCCGCGGCAGUCGGGCUGAGACGGGCGCGGGAGGCUGAACGACUUCGCCACACCGAAGAGGCCCGGCAGCGGCGCCAAGAACAGGCCGCGGCGUAUGCGGAGACCCUCGCACAUCUCCCGCCGGAGGAACGUGAUGGCUUCAUCGCCGCCCAGAUAGCCGCAGAGCAUCAGCGCACGCAGGAAGAGCUGCUGCAGAUGGAACGGGCGAAGGAACGGGAAGAGCGACGACAAGCACGUAAGAAGGCCGCCAAGAAGGAGCAUCAUCAUCACAAACACCGUGAUGGUUCAGAAGAGGACAGUGAGGCGGAGGAAGGUCACAGACGGCGAGAUGCGGUGGAGGAGUUGGCAGAAGAGGUUACCUCGAAGUACGACUAA